UAGUCUUAAUUUUCCUGUGUCUAUAGGAGGUUGUACAAUUGCUUCUUGAACAUUUUUUCCGCUUAGAUAUUUUUUAUUACUGGCAAAAAAUAGCUGGUAAUUUUAUCUGCCAAAUUUCUUGCAAUUUAAUAGUAGACACGUUGCAAUAUUUACUUGAAAAAGAACAUGUAGAAAUUGCAUAGUAUCCACCGGGUCUUACAAAUAAAAAAGAAAAUCUCUUUUGCUAAUCAACUAAAAUAAAGUAGCAACUAAAUUAUUGAGGAUUCUUUGUCCAGUAAAUAAUUUAAAGAAUGGGUGAGCAUCUAAUGAACCUAACCUAUAAUAAAAACCAUACGUUAAAAUUUUCAACAAAGUGGAUAAAAUCGAAAUGGGCUUGAAAGGGAAGAUUUCCAAGGUCAAGCGCAAUAACCAAAAACGCAAUAAACUUGUAAAACAGGGAAUUAUUAAGAAGGAUUUCACUAAACAUGUUAAAAAUACCAAUAAAAAGCUAAUCAGCAGUUCUGUCAACUCCAAAAAUAAUCAAAAUAUGUAUGAGGAAGAGAGUGAUGAUGGAGAUUUGCUUGAAAUGGUGGAAAGUGAAGAUAUAGAUUUUUUGAAAGAAGCAAUUACAAACCAAUCUUAUGAAAUCUUGAAUAAAGUGAAAUAUACAGGACUCAACAUGAAACCAAAGAAACGUAAGUUAGAAGAUGAUGAUGAUUUAGAAAAUAGAUAUGAAGAUGAAAUUGAGGAGACCACUGGAAAAAGAGUAAAAAAUUUGCUGCCUAUUAAAACAAAACAUGGGCUGGUACUUCAACAAAUCAUUGAAGAUAUAUCUGGUGAAGAGGACAAUGAAGACAGGAAAACAGCCACAAGCCCAGACCAGGCACAAAUGUCAAAUGAAAAGAAUGGUGAUUUAGGGGAAUACUUUUUAAAUGAAAAUAAACUUGAUUUAUCAAAACCUGUUUUGCCCGCACAACUCUUAGCUGCUCGGAUAGAAACUUUGCGUCAAAAAAAAAUUUAUAUCGGUUCAUUAAGUUCGGGUCUUUUAGAAAAUCCCGAAGAGAAGAUUGCAAAUUUUACAAGGCUUUUAAAAAUUAUGGCUGAAGAUACAACAGAAGCUUAUUUUACAAUAAAAAAGUUGGUGAUUGUAUCUUUGACUGAAGUAUUUAAAGACAUUCUACCUGCUUAUGAAAUAAAAAAUCUUAAUCCCCAAGGAGUAAAAUUAAAAAAGGAAACCCUAAAGCUUCAAAAAUAUGAAGAAAGUUUGCUAGCCUACUACCGGAAAUUCUUACAGAAGAUUGAAAAAUAUUGCUUUUUUCUAGUUAAAAAAAAGGGAGAUACUAGAAAAUUGUCAGAGGAAGACAUCAAACUGGCAGAAACAUCUAUACACUCAAUGUGUGAGUUAUUGGUAUCCCAUCCUUAUUUUAAUUAUGCUCAAAAUAUUGCCAAACUGCUUGUGCCAUUCCUAAAUAAUUCUCGAAAAAAUGUGAGAGAAAUGGUCAAAGUUGCUAUUAAGACAAUUUUUAAAGAAGAUAAAAAAGAAGCAAUAACUUUAAAGAUUCUGAGGCUGACAAACAACUAUUUGAAAAACCACACGCAUGUUAAUGCUGAUAUGUUGGAAAUAUUAUUAGAGUUAAAUUUAAAAGAUGUCAAUCUGGAUCAAGAAAAGGAGCAAGAUAUCAGGGAGAAGAAAAUGAAAGCAAAAAAAAUGAAAAUUUUGCAAAUGUCGAAAAAAGAAAGAAAGAGAAAAAAAAAACUUCAAGAAUUGGAGAAGGAAAUGCUAGAAACAAAAGCUGAAGAGAAUCGACAAGAGAGGCAGCAGAAUUUAACAGAAAUCACAAAAGUGUUAUUUAAUAUCUAUUUUAGAAUUUUAAAAAAUUCAGAAAAUUCCAAAUCAUUGUCGACAUGUCUUGAGGGAUUAGCCAAGUUUGCACACAUUAUUAAUCUGGAGUAUUACAUUGACAUGGUGAAAGUACUUGGUAAUUUGUUAAAUGAGGAAUGGAUGGGAAACCGUGAAAAACUGCACUGUAUUCAGACCAUUUUUAAAAUACUCAGUGGACAAGGAGAAGCUGUGAACAUAGACCCUUUAAGCUUUUAUGCAAUUUUAUAUAAAGAGUUACUAGUAAUUAACGCAGGUAGAAACCAUGAAAACUGUGAGGUUAUUCUGAAUACUUUGGUAAAUGCUUUAAUUAAAAGAAGAAAAAAAAUUACAAGCAAAAGGACAAUUAGCUUUGUUAAAAGAUUAAUGACCUUAAGUUUGCAACUACUCCAUAAUGGAUCUUUAAGCUGCCUCUGUUUGGUUAAAACGCUCAUGCAAUUAAACAAGUCUCUGGACAUUCUGUUAGACUUGGACAGCACUGUUGGAGAGGGUAAAUUUCAUGCGUGUAGUGAGGACCCAGAAUAUGCCAAUGCAUCAAAUACAGCCUUGUUUGAAACAACAUUAUUGUGUAAGCAUUACCAUCCCAUCGUUAGAAAGUUUUCAAAAAAUAUAGCAAGUGGUGUACCAACAACCGGCGAUGGAAGUUUACCGGUGGAAUUUGGCAAAAUGACCACAGACCAACUGUACACCAAUUUUAGUAUGUCAGAAAUGGCAUUCAAUCCGUCCGUGCCCGUGUUGAAAAAUGUUCAAUGCAGAACAAAAAUAAAUAGGAAACAUUUUGUAGAUACUGCUUUUCAAGACGAUUGUAAAUUUAUUUUAAAAACAAAUGAACAUAAGGAUCCGUUUUGGAUUAGCAUUUGAGUUGGUGCCAGUUCGCAGUGACUACAACCUGAAAACGUCAAUACUUAUUUAGUACUAUUAGGUUGUUUAGUGUUAAAAACUUAUAAUCCAACUCGCUAUUCUUCUAAAUAUUCCGUUGUCUGCAUAGCUACUAGGAUAUAGUGGCCCUGUUUAUGCUGAUCCAUUCAACAUGCACAUGCGCGAGAGUUAAAAUAUCGUUUUUAACCAAUGACCUUGCAACAUUCAACAACCAAACUGGCCGCUAACAGUGCGUCCAUAAGUUUGAAUGCGACAUUUUUGCGGCAGUAUUUUCUCAAAAUAUGCCUAUUUUGGGAAAUCGAUUAAAGUAUGCAAAAAUCGCUGUUUAGAAAGAAAAUAGUGCAAAGUGGAGGUUAGUGGGUGAAAUGUAGAGGCAUGCAUGGAAAAUCACUACCUUCUCUAUGAAAAUAUGAAUACCACCUGCGGAGCAUCAAUUUUUACUGUAGUAGGGCUGCUAUUUUAUCUAAUAGAUAUAUGCAGAGUACCUUAUUUUAUUCAUUUACGAGUUUAUUUCAAGUUAGAAAAAAAAACACUUUCAAAUUGCAACUUUUGGAUUUUUUCCUUAUUGGAGUGAAGCAUCCCUUACAUUUUGUUUUUCGCUCAUCUACAUUAAUUUUAUUUUUUAUAUUGGAUUUUUGCAACAAAAAAAUUAUAACUCACAACCUUAUUGCAAAAACGUCGGCUGAGUUAAAAAAAAACUUUUGAAAUAGAUCUGAAAGAUAAGGGAAAUAUAAGGAUACAGAACCAAUGAGGAAACGAAAUAAUAUUUAGUUAAGGCAUAGAGGCAGCUUUUGCAAUAUUAUCUUUAUUAUUACUUGAAUUACUUUAAGUCUAACAAUGCGGCAUAAAAAGUUUCAUAGAGAAUGUAUUGAAGGUCUUAAAAAUAUAAAAUCGAAAGCUAAAAAUUUCAAUUUAUCCACUAUAUUUCCAGAAAUUCAAAAGAAGUCGAAUUUUAAACACCUUGUAUAAUGAUAGAGUUUAUAAUUACCAUUAAAACUUAGAAUUAAGAUAUUUGA